UUUUCAUUUUUCAAUGUCACAAGAAGAAAGCCCACCCAUAUAUAAUAUCCUCCCAUUCUAAAACAACAUUGCAUUUGCAAUCCUUUCCUCUGUCUCUGUUUCUCUCUACACAGCAAAAUUAAGAAAACAAAAGCAAAAAGAAAAAGAAAAUAAAAGAAAACCACUUCCUCCUUUAAUUACCAUUCCCUCCUUGAAAGGUUUUCUUUUGGUUUAAUUGAAGUUUCAAGAGCAUGAUGAUUUGUUGUUGAAGGGAGAGAGAGAGAGAGAGAGAUUUUGGUUAGUUAUAGAACGAGAUGAAGAGGUCAAGAGAUGAUGUUUACAUGAGUUCUCAACUUAAGAGGCCCAUGGUCUCUUCUCGAGGGGAAACUUCGGGGCAACCCCAGAUGAUGGGAGGAGCAGCAGCUAGUGGUGGUGGAGGAGGAGGAGGUGGAGGUGCACAGAAACUUACUACAAACGAUGCCUUGGCUUAUCUCAAGGCUGUGAAGGACAUAUUUCAAGACAAAAGAGAAAAAUAUGAUGACUUUCUCGAGGUCAUGAAGGAUUUCAAAGCUCAAAGAAUUGACACGGCUGGUGUCAUAGCAAGGGUGAAGGAGUUAUUUAAAGGGCAUCGUGACCUAAUUUUAGGUUUCAAUACCUUUUUGCCUAAGGGAUAUGAGAUCACCCUCCCUUUAGAGGACGAACAGCCUCCACAGAAGAAGCCUGUUGAAUUUGAAGAAGCAAUUAACUUUGUGAACAAAAUUAAGACAAGGUUUCAAGGUGAUGAUCAUGUUUACAAAUCAUUUUUAGACAUUUUGAACAUGUACAGAAAAGAAAAUAAAUCCAUCACUGAAGUCUACCAAGAGGUUGCUAUGCUUUUUCAAGACCAUAAUGAUCUGCUAGUGGAGUUUACUCAUUUUCUACCUGAUUCUUCAGCUACAGUCUCAGCUUACUAUCCUCCAUCUGUUAGGAAUUCCAUUCUUCAUGAUAGGAGCUCUGCUAUGCCCACAAUGCGCCAAAUGCAUGUUGACAAGAAAGAAAGGACUGCUGUUUCCCAUGCUGAUCGUGACUUCAGUGUUGACCGUCCUGAUCCAGACCAUGAUAUAUCUCUAAUAAGAUUGGACAAAGAGCAACGAAGGCGUGGUGAAAAAGAAAAGGAGAGGAGAGAAGAUCGAGAUAGGAGAGAUCGGGAAGAUAGAGAUUAUGAGCAUGAUGGUAGUCAAGAAUUCAUGCAACGGUUUCCCCACAAACGGAAAUCUGCUCGUAGAGUUGAAGAUUCAGCUGCUGAACAUCAAGGUGGGGAUGCUGAUGAAAACUUUGAAAUGCAUCCUGUUUCUUCCACUCAUGAUGAUAAAAAUGCUGUGAAAAAUGCAUUAAGCCAAGAGCUUGCUUUCUGUGAGAAAGUGAAGGAAAAGUUGUGUAAUCCUGAUGAUUACCAGGGAUUUUUGAGGUGUCUUCACCUAUAUACCAGAGAAAUAAUCACAAGAUCUGAAUUGCAAUCUUUGGUGGGUGAUUUACUUGGAAAAUACUCUGAUCUUAUGGAUGGCUUCAAUGAAUUUUUGGCACGUUGUGAGAAGAAUGAAGGUCUGCUAGCUGGUGUUGUGAGUAAAAAAUCCUCGUGGAAUGAAAGUAAUUUGCCCAGACCUGUGAAGCUAGAGGACAGGGAUAGGGAUCGGGAUCGGGAUCGCGAGAGGGAAGAUGCGGUUAAAGAAAGAGAACGUGAAACACGGGAAAGGGAUAGACUUGACAAAAAUGUAGCCUUUAGCAAUAAUAAAGAUUCAGGGGGUCACAAGAUGUCUUUAUUUUCCAGCAAGGAUAAGUUCUUGAAGCCAAUUAAUGAACUUGACCUAUCUAAUUGUGAGCGCUGCACUCCCAGUUAUCGACUUCUGCCAAAGAAUUAUCCCAUACAAUCAGCAAGUCAGAGGACAGAACUUGGUGCUGAAGUACUGAACGAUCAUUGGGUAUCUGUCACUUCAGGAAGUGAAGAUUACUCUUUUAAACACAUGCGCAAAAACCAGUAUGAAGAAAGCCUGUUUCGAUGUGAAGAUGACAGGUUUGAGCUGGAUAUGUUGUUGGAAUCUGUUAAUGUAACAACCAAGCGUGUAGAAGAAUUAUUAGAAAAGAUCAACAACAAUACAAUAACAACAGAGAGUCCAAUUCAUUUUGAGGAGCACUUAACAGCUUUGAAUCUGAGGUGUAUUGAACGUUUGUAUGGUGAUCAUGGGCUUGACGUGAUGGAUGUAUUAAGGAAGAACACUUCUCUUGCUUUGCCAGUCAUAUUAACUCGUUUGAAGCAGAAACAAGAAGAGUGGGCAAGGUGUCGUGCUGAUUUCAACAAAGUUUGGGCUGAAAUUUAUUCCAAGAACUAUCACAAGUCCCUUGAUCAUCGUAGUUUCUAUUUCAAGCAACAGGACACAAAGAGCUUGAGCACAAAAGCCUUAUUGGCAGAGAUCAAAGAAAUUAGCGAGAAGAAGCGCAAAGAAGAUGAUGUGCUUCUUGCUUUUGCUGCUGGAAACAGAAGACCUAUCAUACCUAAUUUGGAAUUUGAGUACCCAGAUGCUGACAUUCAUGAGGAUUUAUAUCAGCUCAUCAAAUACUCUUGUGGAGAAGUUUGUACAACUGAACAGUUGGACAAAGUGAUGAAGAUUUGGACAACUUUCUUGGAACCCAUGCUUGGUGUUCCCACUCGGCCUCAUGGUGCUGAAGACACUGAAGAUUUUGUGAAGGCAAAGAAUCAUUCUUCCAAAAGUGGAGAUAGUGAAGGCAGCCCUAGUGGUGGUGGUGGUACAGUCAUCAACAAGCAUUCAAAUCCUUCAAGAAAUGGAGAUGAAAGUAUCCCACCUGAACAAUCAAGUUCUUGUAAGGCUUGGUUGCUAAAUGGAGAUAAUGGGGUUAAAGAAAAUGGUUCUCCAGAUGCAGAUCAUAUAGCUCGCAAGAGUGAUACCUCUUGCAGUACUGUUCAACAUGAUAAGAUGCAGAUUAAUACAGCCUCAGCUGAUGAAACAUCAGUAGUUGGCAAACAAGCUACUUCCAAUGAACGAUUAGUCAAUUCAAACACGUCACUUGCCACUGGAGCAGAGUUAAGUAAUGGACGAACUAACAUAGAAACAGGGCUUGGUGUUCCUCCUACAAGACCAAGUAAUGGUACCCUUAAUGGUGGGCUUGGAUUAGGUUCAAGCAAUGAAAUUUUGCCUUCAGCAGAGGGUGGUGAAUUUUCAAGACCAACUGCAUCCACAAAUGGGUUGACAACAGAAGGUGUCAGAAAUCACAGAUGUAAUGGUGAAUCUGCUGCACAAUUUAAAAUUGAAAGAGAAGAAGGUGAAUUAUCUCCAAAUGGGGAUUUUGAGGAGGAUAAUUUUGCAGCUUAUGGAGAAGGUGGUUUAGAGGCUGUGCAUAAGGCAAAGGAAAGUGCUGUAAGUAGGCAGUACCAAACAAGACAUGGAGAAGAAGAAACAUGUGGGGCGGCAGGAGUAGAAAAUGAUGCUGAUGCUGAUGAUGAAGGUGAUGAAAGUGCUCAAAGGUCAUCAGAGGAUAGUGAGAAUGCCUCUGAGAAUGCUGGUGUAUCUGGAAGUGAAUCUGGUGAUGGUGAAGAUUGCUCUCGAGAGGAAGAUGGAGAGCAUGAUGAGCAUGAUAAUAAAGCUGAAAGUGAAGGUGAAGCUGAAGGGAUGGCUGAUGCCCAUGAUGUUGAAGGAGAUGGAACAAUGUUGCCAUUUUCAGAGCGUUUUCUUCUAAAUGUGAAGCCUUUAGCAAAGCAUGUCCCUCCAGCAUUACACGACAAAGAAAAGGAUUCUCGGGUUUUCUAUGGAAGUGAUUCUUUCUAUGUGCUUUUUAGGCUUCACCAAACAUUGUAUGAGAGAAUACAAUCAGCAAAAAUUAAUUCAUCAUCUGCUGAAAGGAAAUGGAGAGCUUCAAAUGAUACAAGUUCAACUGACCUAUAUGCCAGGUUUAUGAGUGCUCUUUACAACUUACUUGAUGGUUCUUCUGAUAAUACGAAAUUUGAGGAUGAUUGCCGAGCUAUUAUUGGAACCCAAUCAUAUGUUCUAUUCACAUUGGACAAGUUGAUAUAUAAGCUUGUUAAACAGCUUCAAACAGUGGCAACUGAUGAGAUGGACAACAAGCUGCUUCAACUAUACUCCUAUGAAAAAUCAAGAAAACCUGGAAGAUUUGUUGAUGUGGUUUAUCAUGAAAAUGCCCGUGUUCUUCUCCAUGAUGAGAACAUAUAUCGUAUAGAAUGUUCUUCCUCACCAACCCGUUUGUCUAUUCAGCUAAUGGACUUUGGACAUGAUAAGCCUGAAGUGACUGCUGUCUCCAUGGAUCCUAAUUUUGGAGCUUAUCUGCAUAAUGAGUUCCUCUCCAUUGUUCCUGACAAGAAAGAGAAGCCUGGGAUAUUCCUGAAAAGGAAUAAAAACAGAUGUGCGAGUCAUGAUGAAUGCAAGGCUACAGAAGGAUUUCAAGUUUUUAAUGGUCUAGAGUGCAAGAUUGCAUGCAAUUCCUCCAAAGUAUCCUACGUUUUAGAUACGGAAGAUUUUUUGUUCCAAACCAAAAGGAGAAGGAAAACUUUGCAACAGAGCAGUUCAUGCCAUGACCAGGCAAAUAUUUCAAAAAGAGUACAGCAGUUUCACAGAUGGCUAUCUAGCUCAUAAGAUCCUUUUCUGUGACCCUGAGGUGGAUAUGAUGUAUUUGUUUUACAGAUGCUCGUCGGAGACAUUACGUGACCAAUCGGAAUUGAUGGCGCCGCAACUGAAAUUAUGCCAUGUAUUCACAUAGUUGUAACUCACCAAGUCAAAUAAAGAAUCAACAGGGAAGCAGAUAUGGGUCGCAAGAUUGUAGUAUAGUGUUAGUUUUGUGGCCUUUUUGAGGCACAAUCAUGUAAAUAGAGAUGACUUGAUGUAAUACCUGAGAUAUAUAUGUUCAUUCCAUUCAUCAAUAUUUUUAUAA